AUGGCCGAGCCACCCCAAGACGAUGCGAAGCAGCUUGAGCCAUCGCUACAGCUAUUGCCGAUCCAUAUGAAAGAAGCAGCACUUGAUUCUCCUAGCUGGCGCGCAUUGACCUUGCACUUCUCCGACAACAUCGACGCCGUGGAGCGUUGGCUGGACGGAUAUGUCAAGGCUGCGACCCGCCUAGUGGCCGAGGUGUCCUCCCUCGAGGUCGCCGUCAAUGCCAUGUUGAGCCAGUCUACUCCGCCCAGUCACAUCAGCGAGGCAGUUCUCGACCAUGACUACACCAUGCUGGCCAUGCGUAGGUAUGGCGAAGGCGCCAGAGACUUCUGGCAAUCUACGCUGCGAGGGAUCAAACGCUACGACGCGGUCAUUGUCGACCCUAUCAAGACGUUCCUCAACCACGAAUUACGCACUUUCAAAGACGCCCGUCGUGUUCUCGAGUCCGCCCAGAAGAAUUUCGACGCUGUCGUUACCCGAUUCCUAGCACAGAGUAAGGCCAAGGAGUCGUCUUCCCUUCGCGAAGACGCUUUCCAGCUACAUGAAGCUAGGAAGCUGUACUUGAAGUCCAGCAUGGACUAUUGCGUUCAAGCUCCUCAAUUACGAGCCGCUCUCGAUCGUCUACUGGUCAAGAUAUUCACGGAGCAGUGGAAGGAGAUGCGAGCUUCGCGCGACGCCAGUGCCGCGACUUUUGCGAAAUGUGCUAGCGAGAUGGAGCGAGUAAGAGGAUGGAGUCGAGAAAUGGAGACAUCAGAACGAGCAUUCAAGCGAGAGCUCAUAGCUGCAAGGAGGCAGAUUGAGGAAAACGCCGAACAGAUGUUCAGACCCUCUCGUGAGCUGGAAGAUUACAACACUUCGACGAUCCCAUAUCUUGGGACUGGUGCCUCAUCUGCGGCAGGGCCCGAUGGGGCAUUACGCGAAAGAGCGGAGAAGCAGGGUUGGCUCGCAGUGCGGACUGUGACAGGCAAGCCCGCGAGAACGGUCUGGCCGCGGCGCUGGUAUUUUGUCAAAAAUGGGAUAUUCGGUUGGCUCGUACAAGGAACUAGGUCGGGUGGAGUGGAGGAAAGUGAGAGGACCGGCGUGCUUUUGUGUAGCGUCCGACCUGCCUUUCAAGAGGAGCGCCGCUUCUGCUUGGAGGUGAAAACCAAGGACAACAGUGUCAUUCUUCAGGCCGAGACCCAGCAGGAGCUGUCGCAGUGGAUCAGUGCGUUCGAAGGAGCCAAGCGCAAGGCCCUCGAGGAUCCUGCAAGCACCGAAAUGUCACACGAAGCACUGGGGAUCGAUCCAGCUUUUGCCAUCAGCCACCCAGUCGCCCCUGAGUUUGCUGUGAAAGCUGGGGACGGUCAUAUGACCCAAGGUAGCGAAGAAGGUGGCACAGGGCCGCCAGAUCGUGAAGGGACCGGCCUCUCGAUGCGGGCGAGCUUCGACGUCAGCCAAUCUCGACGUGUGAUGAGCAUAGACAAGGAGAGCGAUGGUCUUCGGGAGGGUACUCGAGAUCAUGCUGCACGGAUCAUUCAGAAACUCGAUCUUCACAAGCGCUCAACUGCAUCGCCGCAAUUGAGCCAAGGACCCGCCUCUGGAGGCAUUGCAUCGCUAAUAUCAGCCAGCCACAAUAUCCUACCGGUCGGUCCAGGAUCACCGCCACCCGCAGGAGCGGUUGAUGGUAAUCGCCGGAAUUUUACCCUUCCCACCGCCAGGAUUCCAUCUGGAUCACUCACCAGCUCCCUCGCGCCCUCGACGUUGGUCAAUCCACCUGCGGCCACGAAUCUCAGCCACACCGCGGUCGUAGUCAGCGGAGAGAGAGACCUUGGGCUUGGGCGAGCUGAUGGCUCUGGAAUGCCGUCUGGAAUCUUGGCCAAUCUGUGGGGCAGUAGCAAUUGGGGAUACAUUAACCGGUUGGGCGAAUUAGCAAAGCCUCGAAGCGAUACCUCUCUUCCCGCAAGCCCGGCACUUCGCAAGAGGACUCCCACCGCAACCCAUCGCAAGACUAUGAGUGUUGGUCCAGAGUUGUCGCCGUCCCGGUCAUCUGCAGAAGACGGUGCAGAUGCAUAUCCCGCUUACUAUCCUUUGCCACUGAAGGCCCAACAUGCUCAGUUCCGCAUGCUGUUUCCGGCGGUGCCAAGAAGCGAAAAGGUCGUGCUCGUAUUCCGUGCAACAUGGAACCCAAACGAACAGCAAGAGUUUCCCGGCCGCGUCUAUGUGACCGAGCGGGAGAUUUACUUCUUCUCCAACCAUCUUGGCUUGGUGUUGAUCACGGGUGUGAGUCUGAACGCCAUCAGCGAGGUGACCGCCGCUCCUGGACGUGACUGCGAUUUCUUGUACCUGCAUCUAAAGGAGAGCAGUCGUCAGGAUGAACUGCGAAGGAUAACGAUAAAAGUGUUCUUGGAGCCACUGAAACUUCUGCAGCGACGUCUCAACCAUCUUGUCCGCAACGCGGCCUCCGAGAGCCCUGAUUCACUUGAGCAUCUCAUCAAAGCGCUGACUGGCCUGGAGGAUGAAGUACUACGACGAAGCUCCGAUGCUGAAAGCUGGGAGGACGUGGCAUACGACACCACCGACGCCCGCUCUGGCGACCCAACCACACCGCAACGUCGCCGGGAGAGGAACAUCAAAGCUAGCUUGCGCAUAGAUGGCAAUCUUUACGGCGAGACCGCCAAGACUGGGAGAGAAGUUCAGCGAUUCAAGCUCCCAGCUCAGCCUGUUCGAUAUGCGCCACAGGGCAUGCAAGCCAACAUUUCGCGGGACUUCAACGUGAGCGCAAAAGCAUUGUUCCACGUCAUGUUUGGCGACAAGAGUGCAGUGUUCCAGCUACUCUACAGCAACAGAUGGGCGACUACCAUCGUGCGAGCUCCUUGGGUCAAGGUAGAUGGCGCGCACUGGAAGAGAACAUUCUCCGAUUCAGUGACUCCCGGGCUCGUCAUUGACACACAGACCAUCGACAUCUUCAAUGAUCAUCUCUGUUACGCGGUGACAAACGAGAAGACUUUGUCGCUGCUGCCCCAUGCAUCUUCGUUCAGACUUGUCACAAAGCUCGUCAUCACCCACACCGCCAAAUCUCGCUGCAAGCUUGCCGUCUUCCAGAGCUUGUUGUGGCAGCAGAAGCCUCCACUUGGCUAUUUCAAACGGCUCAUUGAACGGCAAGCGCUGAACUCACUGGAAGCUGAUGCUCUGGAUCUGACCACAAUCGCGAUGGAUCAAGUGGCAAAACUUGGCAGCCACAGCAAAACCAACAAGGCCGUUGAAAUAUUUGGAGUCAUUGGACAGCAGGCACAGCCACAAGCCGCGCAGAUCGAUAGCAGUCAAGUACCCAGACUGGGCGAUGCGCUUGCUUCAUCUCGAGCAAGACCGGACAAACAACUCGGUCUUCCACGGCUCGUGCUCAAUGAUCUUUUUGCGCAAGGUCUUGGUCUGCUUGGUGUCAUAUUCGACGUCUUCAUCGUCAUCGGGCAAGGCGCCAUCAGCAUUUGCACUGGCCACACCAUGCUAGUCGCAGUGCUUGCAGUGUCCAUAUGCUACAACAGCUGGUACUCGUAUCGCGAUGGCAUGGUAUGGUACCACGACCGCAGCACCUCCAGUUUCAUGCUCCGAAUGGGCGUGUCGCCUGAGCCGCAGAUGAGCAAAGCGGUCUACCUGAGCGAUAUCGAAACCCUAAUUACGCCGGCUGCGGAGAACAGUACCUUCGAUGCCUUCGAGUCGCAUGCUGAUCAAAACAUCAAAACAUGCAGAAGCACAUUCGCCGAGCAGUUGCUUACUUCGCCCUUUACCUCGACCUCAGCGCCAACAUCAGCACGCCUACAGCGAACACGCGACUCAAUCGCUCGUUACCGACACGACCUCUUAGUCGCACUCAGAGUUGUCAACCGCGUCGAAGAGAAUGUUGUCAGUGCCGAGUGGGAGGACUGGGUCCGCACCGAGGCGCGCAAAUGUGCAAAGGUCGAGGCUAUGCUCCGAAAGGGUCACGGUGGAGCGAAGAGCGACGCGGGCGGUGCGGAUCCUGGGCUGACUGCAGACCUUGGUGCAGAAUUUGAGCAAUAUUGCAAGAGUUGCCGGGUCGAACUUCCGCUGGCGGUGUAAGACCUGGAAAGGCCGGUGGCUGUCAUCGAUUGACAGUGAGGGUGGGGUUGACCUGCUACCUCUGUGGACAUACGCAUUUGGCGACGUCGGUUCGCUCGAUCCGACGUCGGCAAGUUCCACCAGGAAACGUGGACAGCGUCACUGUACGACCUGUCAUAUCAAUGACUGUGGAACUCAACACCGACUUGAAACGUGGCGGUCUCUCUGCCUUUGACCCACUGUGCACCUCGCGGUAAACAAGCGGAGAAAAUCUUCACCUCUUUAAACAGAAACGACUCCACAGUUGCGACUAGCGAAUCACGACUGUCGAACAGAACGACAGUUUCGCUUACAUUGCUUCAUAUCUUCUCUG